GUAAAAUGAACACUGCUUCCCUUGUUCGCUCCCUGUCCCGAGUGGCUCUCCGUUCAUCCCAGGUCGUCAGAAUGGCCGCUCCACGCCAUUUCUCACAAUCGGCCAAGGUUCUGUCAGUAACGCCAGAACUUCAACAGGCCCUGAACCGUGAGAUCGAAGCCGAGCAACAGCUGAGCAGCGACAAUCUUCAAGGAGCCGUUGCGCCGACAUUUGCUGGCUUCCAAGUCACCAAUAAGGACGCCGAAGUUAGGCUGACCAAGAAGAAUGGAAGCGAAGACAUUCUCGUCGUCUUCAAUGUGAACCACUCUGUCGAUAUGGACGAAGGAUUCGACGAUGAGCCAUCCCAGGCCGUCGCUCCAGUUCCAGUAGCCAUGCCACCAUUCACCGUCGAGAUUACCAAGGGAGAUCAGAGACUUUGCUUCCAUCUCGAGCUUGUGCCAGUUGACGAUCAACCUGAUGAGUAUGAUUUCCGCGUCGAAGAGUUCUACGUCGCCCCAUCUGCCAAGAAUGGAAACGAGGACGUACCAUCCGAGGUGUACGCUAGCAGUGGAAAAUAUAUCGAUCCAGACCUCCACGAUCUCCUGUUCGUUCGUUAUUUGGAAGAACGCGGUCUCGAUGCUCGGUUCUGCAAGACUCUCGUCGCCUAUGCCACUCACUACGAGCACUCUCAAUACGUUGGACUUCUCGACAAGAUCAAGAAGUUCAUCUCCAAAUAGAUUGCUUUCUGAAAUUUUUUCAAUUGUUUUGUUUUUUCUGUCUUUUAUAACUUUACUGUUGACGUUUUUAGGUAAUCUAAAUAAGUAGCACAUUUUCUUUCAGCUCGUUUAUUUUCCUUAGUUUUUUGUUCUGUUUUGAGGUUUCUCUCCUCCAAAAAUAAUAAACCCAUUGUUUUUU